AUGUUUCGUUCAUAUAGGGACACUGUUAGAACACCGGUGAAAACUAGCAAAGAGGCAGCUAAAAAAUACUAUUGCGACCUCUGUGAUGAUGAUCACCAGGACAGAGUUUGGGCGUCGGAAUUAGACGUAGAAAUUCACAGAAGAAGAGUUCAUAAUGAAGAAUUAAUUCAGUUGAUGAAGGAGCCUAAAAACUAUAUGUGCAGUGUAUGCCUAAGGAAACAAUCAGAUAAAGCCACUUUAAUAGCGCAUAUAAAAACAGACCACCUACUCAGUUCACCGGACGCCCCAAGAGUAAAACGUGAACUAUUUAUAUGUGAUUACUGCAACAAUAUAUUUUUUAAUAAAUUAUUAUUAACAGCACAUAUAAAAUUCUUCCAUGCCAUUUCAAAUACUGAAAAGAAAACAGGAAACACCACAUGUCCGUUUUGUUUGAAAAUAAUUAAAAUCAGAUCAAUUUGGUUUCAUUUUCUUUGCCACGAUAUAAUAAACCCGGGGACGUGUCCCGUCUGUUUGGUGUCGUUUGAUGAAUAUCAGGAUGCUUUGAAACAUACAGAGUGUCACCCCUGCUAUUAUUAUUGCUCUAUUUGCACUUAUGAAACGGACAAAGAAGGACUGUUUCUAAGUCAUAUAGGAAAACAUAAAAAAAUGAUAAAUUUAGAAGGAAAAGAUGUUAAGAUGGUAUCGAAAUAUUUUGUACCUCAAAAGAGAGCUUUGUCAUGGAAUAGGAAAGUUGUAAAUGUAUUCAAGGGCAUAACUUUAGCUCCGGAGAUACAGAUAUGUGUGCUGUGUAGGACGUUGUGUGAAACGGAGGAACAGAUGCUCCAUCACAUAUAUGGUGAUCAUUCACCGAUGAACACUGUUGAAAUAAAGAGACAUGUGUGUGCAUGCGGUGAAGAGUUCUUUAACCGAGUGCUACUUAAACAUCAUAUUUUUAUGAUGAAAGGCAAUCAUCAAGCUUGUGAUGGUACAGAAAUGACUGUCAUCAUGACUCACCCAGAAACGAAUUUCCAAGAUCCUGUAUACAAUCCAGAUGAAGGAACAGCUGGAUUCUUUGUUAAUAUAAAAGAAAAUGAAAAUACUUCUCAUCCUAUCAUGUUACCCAAUGAAGUUGAUCAUAAUACGUCCAGUGAUAUCACACUGAAAUCUCUAGGAAACAUAUCACCACAAAUGUCAACAGAAUCAAGAUUUAAUGUUAACGAACAGAUAUCAGAACAAGACAUUGAUAAACAAACGGAACAUAAAAUUGAUUUGCAAUUGUUACAUGAUUUGAAUGAUUCACAAGAAAUAAAUAUACCAUCUGAAGAUAACAUACACAUUCAAACAAACAAUGAAACAAAUAAAAUAGUAAUCCAAACAUACAAUCAUACGGAUACCCAGUUAAAUAAUAACGAAAACAAUUUGGUAGAAAUGGACAUAGAUCCAGAACCAGACAGGUUAAUAAUUGACUCCGAUAAUGAUAUAUACAACGAUCAAAUAAUAUUGAACGCAAAUGAAUAUAAUUUUCAAUCACCGAAUAAGUCUAAAGAAAUCACAAUUGGCACAAGUAAUAUAAGAAUCCAGCUGGUGGAUGUUGAUGAUACAUCAUCACACAAUCAGAUCCCAAGACUUAAGAAAAAACCAUCAAAUCAAAAUAUAAUCCUUCUCAAUAACACUUUGCCGAAGAAAUAUGGGUCCUCAAAGCAUUUCUAUGAGCAAAUUGUACAUUCAAGUGAUGAAAUCAGUGCAUCAGAGGGAUCCGGACAGUAUAGAUACGUACUGGAUCCUGCGGGGGGACAGAUGGAGUUCAUAGAAGAAUCAUCUCCAAAUGAGGAGGUGUACGAAGUUGUUGAGCUACCUGGGGACCCCAACGAAGAAAGAAUCGUGGUUGAAGAAGCAUUGUUAUUUAGUUAG